UGGCGGAAGAUUCUUGGUCCAUUCGUUUUGGUUUUGGUCUCGAACUAUUUCCCGUGUGGUGCUGAUAUUAUUCGCGUGUUAAAUGUGUGUUGAUGACAUUUAUUCUGCGUGACAUGAGUGCAGCAGUAGAAGCAAAGUGUGUGGGAGUGUGUGUGUGGGGGGGGCUUUCAGCAGCGGAGGUGGUGUUGGGUUUGUCUCCUCGUCGAUGCUUCCUUCAUCUUGAAACUAACCCCAUCCCCCGACCCACAGAGGGUUGUUCUACGGGAAACGCAACUGUACAGGGACGGAAACACUACCCGAAGAGGAACAGACUACGACUUUACUUAAAUCCUCGUACUAUAAGUGAUGUAUAUGACUUAUCGUGGGUUUAUGCUUCCCAAAGAGACUCACAGCUCAGAGAGCUUGAAGUUUGCGCAGGAAUUCACGUUUAAAGACGAGGAUGUGGUGUCUGUCACAUACCCGAAGUCAGGUACAAUCUGGAUGCAGGAGAUCCUCCCACUGGUGCUCAGUGGUGGGGAUCUGACUCCUAUCCAAACCAUUCCCAACUGGGACAGGGUGCCCUGGCUGGAAGAGAAGAGAUUGGCAUUGAUUGUGGAUCAGUUGGCAUCUCCACGGGCGCUGGUCACACAUUUUCCCUACCACCUCAUGCCCCCAUCUUUCCUCACCUCCAAAGCCAAGGUGAUCUAUGUUAUGAGGAAUCCAAAGGACAUUGUGGUGUCUUCCUACUACUUCCACCAGAUGGCUCAAUUCCUAGAGGAUCCAGGAACUUUUGAUGAGUUCAUGGAGAAGUUCCUGGAGGGCAGAGCAGUGCUGUUUGGAAAAUGGACAGACCAUGUGAAGAGCUGGAGACACGCAGAGCUGGGAGACAGAAUAAUGUACAUCACAUAUGAAGAAAUGGUUCAGGACCUGCCUGCAGUUCUCAGGCGUAUUUCAGAUUUCCUGGGCAGGAACCUGAGUGAAGACACUAUUCACAAGAUAGCAGAGCACUGCUCCUUCAAGACCAUGAAGGCCAACAGCAUGUCCAACUUCAGCCUGGUCCCGAAGCUAUACAUGGACUCUGACAAAUCUCCUUUCCUCAGGAAAGGUGUUGCUGGAGACUGGAAAAACCAUUUCAACUCAGAGCAACUGGCCCGAUUCACAUCAGUCAUUUACAAAGAGUUGGAGGGGGAGAGCUUCUCUCUGCCAUGGAGUCUGGAUUGACCAACAGCCAGAGACAGAGGGAGAAAGAGGCCUGCACAUAUCAUGGGUGUCAUGGGAAGUUGGUGCUAUUUUUGAUUUCAGUGGCAUAUAAUUAAAGAGCAUUUAUUAACAUUUUUAAUCUAGUAGUCAUCCACUGUCUCCACAGAGCUGCAGUGUUAGCAGUUCACAGGAUGGACGUGCCCACUCAGAAAAGCUAAGGAGUUAAAAUAUAAAAUGCCAAAAUACACAUUUUGUAUAUAACAAAUAACUUUUUUUGAAGUUAUUGAUUGACUUUGUUUGCCCAUUCUACAUCCACAAAUGUUCAGCCUGUACAAUAGGUACAUUUUUCAUGACAACGUAAUGUUUUCUCUACAAUUUUUUUGUGCUGAAUACGGCAAAAUUUCCCUGAAAGCACUUUUUGUUCCUAAUAUUAUGUAAUGUGUACUUUUGGUACUAACCACAAUAUUUACAGAGUUUUACAUAAUUACCUAGUAAAUGUUUAAUUACAAUGUUGUACCCACGACUGUUAACCAAAAUACAGAUUAAUAACCUGUACAACAAUAACUACAACAGAUAAGUGACAGAAAAAGGCGUAAAAACAAUCCCUGAUGUCAUGAAGUCAUGUCAUGUAAAACAGUCUGCUGUGAUCAGUUGGAUUAAGGAUUUUUAUGAUUGUUUUGACUCAAUUUGAAGGUACAAAACUCCUCACACAAGAAAAUUAAGGGACAGAACUGUAGUUUAUUAUGUUAUUAUGAGGUUUUAUAAUUGGAUUUUCAUGAUUAUAUACAGUACAUUAACUUUUUGUUAUCAUUAUUGUGGUGUUUCAACUUUUGUUUCACUAUUGAAUUAUUACUGGAUUAAUAUGCAUUUCUUCAGUAUCUCAAUUUGUAUUACUUGUUGCAUGCUUCAGUCUUAAUUAAAAUUUAUACUAAAUAAAAAGUCACAUCUA